AUGAACAUCAGCAGCCUCCGGUCCAGUCAGUCUUCGUACGGAGACCCGCGAUACCUUUCGACACAGACCGUCUCCGAUGUCCACGCUCCUUUAGGAAAGACCCUUGUAGACGGCUAUCGGGAUGCCGUCAACCCUCAGCAUGAAGACCGGUCGCGAUACAAUCCGAUUAACCGGGCUCAUCCGCGGAGCUCCGCGCUUCUCAAUGCCAGCGACCCGGUCACGAUGUACCUCCUAACCGAGACCGCUAUAGGGGACAGCAACAAUUUCGAGAUCUUGUCCUUCGAGGAAGUGGAGGAUCUCAAGAAGGAACGCUCUUUGUUGUCGAACCGGAUCGAAGGAACAAAGCGCAAACUCGCCUUGGAGACCAAACUACGCGAUGCCGCCCAAUCCAUCGGCAGACUGUACAGCCCACCGAGCCCCCGGAACAGUGGUGAAUACGGCGCCAACGGAACCAAGUCGCAUCGCAGAAGCCGGAGCAUCUUUGGGCGCUCCGGUACCGCCGAGGUUCUCGAUAAGAGCGACUCAGAGCUGGCAACGAGCCAGCGGAAAUGUGAAGAUUUGGCACAAGAGUUGUGGAAGCUGGAGCGCAGGUCCCAGCAGAUAAAUCAGCGCUUGCUGGAGCACACUGCAGGUGUCUUGCAGAUGACCCAUAAAGGGCUGAAGAAGGCUCCCAAGAACGUCGAUGCAGCCUCGGAUAACCUGUACGACAGGCACGACUUUGACGACCGCAGCCUUUACCGAACUCCGGAGCACCUGGACAACUAUGGAUUCAACGGACGCAUAGAGACAAACAGCCCGGCGAAGCCUUCAGAAUCCAUGCUGGAUAUGCAGAGGAGAUUGGAGGAGCUCAGCGAGCGCAUGUGCAAUAUGAUGGUUCAGGCCACCCCUGAUGAAUUCGUUGAUCCCCCGCCGCAGCCGUCACAAAACAACUCUGCGACAAUUGAAGCGCAGUUGGCCUAUCUUGAAAAUGGCUUGCAUUCUCUGGCUUCACGUCCUGCUCCGUCUGUGGGUUCUGCUCCUCAGAACGAAGGGGCGUGGAAAGAACAGAUCACCGAAGUCAACACUCGCGUCCAGGCCAUCGUUGACCGAUUCGGUCUCACUCGGUCGCCAACGCUUCCCCCACCUCCUAGUGCGGUUGAUGGUGAAGGCCUGGAUGAGCAACUCUCUUAUCUUCAGACCGGCAUUGAUGGUCUCGCAAGCCGAGUGGAUGGCCUGCUGGAGCAGAAGAGCAUUUUGACCACCCAGAUUCAGCAGCAGCGCGAGCUCAACUCCAAGUCAGACGCGGAACGAGAUGCUCACAUCGGCGACUUGACCGAGCAGCUCACCCAUGCUCGCAGAGAUCUUGAGCUUUCCGAUCGUGAGGGCAAGGCCGCUCAGGAUGAGCUCGCUGUGCUGAUGGAGCAGCUUGAGGCAAUGCGUCACGAUGGGUCAUCUCAGGAUGAGGCCAAGGCUUCCCUGGUGCAGGCAGAGGGAGAAAUCGCUCGCUUGCAGAGUGUGAUUGACUCUUUGCACGCCGAGGCUGACACUCGCGCGGAGGAAGUGAGAGAAGCUGGCGACCGCGCAGAUGAGAUGAAGGACGCUCGCGACCGCGCCGAGCAAAGUGUGGCUCAGAUUGAGGAAGCUCGUGAGCGCGCCGAGCAAGAACUGGCUCAGCUCCAAGCGAACGUCCAGCAGAUUCGCAACGAAUCCGACGCGCGUGUGCAAGAGGCCUUGAACAAGCGAGCAGAGCUCGAAGCCAGCAUCCACCAAAUCCAGAGCGAAUCUGAUCAGCGUUUGCAGGAGGCACUGGAGCAGCGUGCACUGGCCGAGGAGAAUGCCACCCGCCUGCAGAACGAGAUGACUGAACUUGAGGGCGAAGUCGUGCGCAUCACGACCGAACUCACCAUGGUCAAGGCGGAGCUUGAUGGCGCCUACGGAACCCGAGCCCAGCGUGCGGCCGAGGUGGCUGGCAACCCCGAGAUCCAGAAGGAGAUCGAUGCUCUGAACACGCGUAACAUCGAGCUGGCCGAGGAACUUGCCGGGCUCAGGAGCCAGCGAGGUGGUGGUGAUCUCCAGCAGCGCGCCGACACUCUCGAGAAGGAACUAAGGGAAACCCUUGACGACUAUGAGGCCAUGACCAAGGCCAGCAUUGAGUUUGAGAAGGAGCGUGAGCGGUUCGAAGGUGUCAUCGACACCAUGAGAGACCGCUGCGAGCAUUUGGAGACCCAGCUGAGCGAAGAGCGUAUCAAUUGGAUGAACUUGAACAGCCCGACAUCCAUGGGCCGCGAUCCUACUUCCGAGACUACCUCUACCAUGGUACUCAAGAACGAGUUCAAGAAGAUGAUGCGCGACACUCGCAAUGAGAACAUGAAGAUCCUGAAAGCGGAGCAAGAAGAACGUCGGAAGAUUGAAGGCUUGUUGCGAGCCCUAAGAAAGGAGCAUGCCCAAGUGACGGGCAAACCUAUGCCCAGUCCCGUGGGCACUCCCUUAUCAUGA